UGCUGCUGCAUGAGGUUAUGGUGUUGCCUGCUCCUUUCUCAGGCAGCCAAACCUCCUCCGUGCUGCCACGUCGCGGCCCCGGGGGUGGGACGGCAGCAGCUGCCGGGAAGGUGGCCGGCCGGGAACACAUCCCGAGCUCCGCAGCAGCAUCACGCCGUGGGAGCCCGUGGCCCCGAGAGGCACGGAUCACUCGCACGACUGAAAGAAGAGCUGCAGGGAGAAACCUGUUCCCUCCUGCACCCUUCCAACCCCCAGCAUGGCAUCACCCAUGAGGAGCUUGUCCGUCAACCCUGCCAGAUACCUCCAGUCUUUCCGCCUCUUCCUCGCGAAUUCAACCGAGCACCAGUGCAUGCAGGGGUUCAUGGAGAGGCAGCUGCCGGCCGUGAUAGCGAGUGUUGGAAACGGGAAGUCUACAAUCAAUAUUCUAAGUGUUGGUGGCGGAGCAGGUGAGAUAGACCUGCUGAUUCUCUCAAAAUUACAAGCCAGAUAUCCAGGGGUCACCAUCAACAAUGAUGUGAUAGAGCCAAGUGCUGACCAAAUCUUCAAGUACAAAGAGCGUGUGGCUGAGACAACAAACCUCGAGAACAUAAAGUUUACCUGGCAUGAGGAGACAGCUUAUGAAUAUGAAAGUCGAAUGAAUGCAGAAAAGAAGUCUAAAAAAUGGGACUUCAUUCACAUGAUCCAGAUGCUGUAUUAUGUGAAAGAUGUCCCAGCGACUAUCCGGUAUUUCCACAGCCUCCUGGAAGCACAGGGGAAGCUCCUCAUUAUCCUGGUGUCAGGAAGCAGUGGCUGGGAAACGCUGUGGAAGAAAUUCGGGUCUUCCUUCCCUUUGGAUGAUCUCUGCUCUUACGUUUCCUCUGCUGACAUCAAAAAGAUACUGGAUUCAGCAGGGCUGAAGUACCAGUUCCAUGAGCUCCCAUCCUACAUGGACAUAACCAGCUGCUUUAUUGAAGGGAACGAGGAUGGGGAGCUGUUGCUGGAUUUCCUGACAGAAACUUGUGAGUUUUCUAAAACUGCUCCUCCUGAACUAAAGCGUCAGGUAAUGGAAGAGUUAAGAAAGCCUGAAUGCAGUGAAGAGAGAGAUGGGAAGGUGCUAUUUAAUAACAACCUGAGUGUAAUGGUGAUUGAGCCAUGACUUAACCCCUUCUUGCUUCUCAAUCCAAAACAAAGAGCCAGAUACAAGCUGUUAACAGCUGAAAUAAAUUUUUCAUACUUUGUAAGUGGCUUUAUUUUGGUACUGAUAUAUAAUUUUGGAGCCUGUUAAGAAAUCAGUAUUAAUAUCUGUUGUUAUAAGCGAGCUUUAAUACCCAAUUAAUUCUGCACGAAUCUAUGAAUGUGUAACUCACUAAGCAGUUAAUUGUGCUGUAUUAUAUGAAUGUUGUGUAAUCAGAUGUAACUUGGACCAUCCACUCAGGCACUGCAGAAAAGUAAUCAAGAACUAUAUGUGGUUUUACCAUCUUCAUUUAAAAAUUCUCUACAGACCAAAUAAGCAAAUUGCAACUUCUCAGUGCAGCUGGCAAGAGAGGAGGCUGAGAAUGACUGACUGUUUGGGUGGCUGCUCAGUGGGAUCUCUUGAGCUUACUGUAACUUCAAGAUCUCACACCCCCAGUUACCAUAAAAGUGGUCCCACACCUUCUGCACGUGCAGUGGUUGCCUGGUCCUGCCUCCGCAGCCAACUCAUUUAAUGGCACUGCUUCUCUCUCCCUGUAUUUUGACUUUAUGAUUGUGCUGUUGCCUCUGCGGAGCGAUUUGUGGGCAGGUCCUUACUGGCACCACAAGAGCGAAACAAGUGAAGAGGGUCGAGGCACAGCAGUGGUAACAACCGUUCCGGAGAGGUGGAUUUCACUAAUGCGUGCUGAUGCAAAGCAUUGUCAGGAGUCAGCGACUGCUGUCACAUAGAGCUUUUUAGUAUUUUUAGCUAAACACACAAACCUCCUGCUCACAGCCUUUCACUAGCCUGGCAGCAAGGGCUAUACAUGGCUUGUGAGCUUUGUAACAUGGAAGAUGUAAAAAUGAACCCUGAUGCUAAACUGACAGGUUUCGGUGGGAUUUGUUUCAUUUCCAAUGGGGUCACGUCAGGUAAGUCUGUCCAAUAUACAGUAUAGGAUGUUCAGCAAGAAGGUGCUUCACGUCCUCGGUCCCUUCUCUCCGUGGGGCUGUCUCUACUCCAGUAGUUGAUACAUUUGUUUUGCUAAAUGAUUUUACAGUUUUAAGAAGUGUUAUGCUCUCUACAAGGCACAGUGCAUGGUGGAAUACAAUAUAGUCACUUGAAUGCAUUUAAUGGUCUGAAUACUCAGUUUAUCCGGUGAGCCAGGUGUGAUUUCUGCCAUUGAAAUAAUUUGAUUCAGUGUUGAAAUGAUUUACUUUAGGUAAUCCUUUAGCUGCAAGAAAUUAUGUUUUAUUUUUGCAUAUAUGUUUCUGAUUCAAUAUUGAUUGUUAAAGAUUUACAAGAGUGAUUUACAAGAGACCACAUUGGGCAUUAAUAGCUGUUUAUAAUAACUUUAGAGAGAAUUGUUUGAAACACACUUCUCUUCGUGUUCAAAUAUUAAUUCCAGUGUAUUUUAGAAUGCUUCCAUUAUAUUUCUCAGCUGUUGAACAGAACAAAAUCUAUUACUGCUUUUACACAGUGCUAUGUACAGAUUCCUGCAUUAGAAGACCUCAGUAUAUCUGGAAGCUGUUACGGUGACAUGCUGGAGCAGGAAGGAAAGAAAAUCUCUCAUUAGGACAGAUUGCUGCAUACAUUUCUAAUGGGAAACAAAUUAAAGUUACAAUUAUUUUUGUAGCUCUUUUGUGCUGCCAGUGACCUCUUCUAAAUAGUGUGCAUGAAAGAGGUGACCACUGAAUAUUGCCACAUGAACCCUGUCAGGAGUGACAUAUCUUUUGGAGCCACAGUAAUGCCAGAACAACAACAACAAAAAAACCAGAUCCAACAGCAAAACCCAGCAACAAGAUGCAUAGGCAGGUCCUGUUGUUUUCUGCUUUAGCAGAGGUAAAAAAUACAAGAAAAAAAUCUUUUUAGAGUUUUUUUGGGGAGGUUUGUUCUGAAAAUGUGGGAGACAGCAGGGAAGUUGGGGAGCAGCAGAGGUGAUCUGGAAAGAAGAGAGGAGGAUAUGACUACCCACACAGAGAAAUAGGAGAUUCAGUGUGAAUGCACGUGUGAGCUCCUUCCCCUCUUUAAUCACCAAGGGAGAGGCCGGGGAAAGGGAAUGCUUGCUGGGUGUGGGGUGGCAUGGGGUCUUAUCUGAAAGCAGAAUUCACUGAGGGAAAAGGCACUUUCACCCCAGGCUGGAGAAGAAAACUCCUUACCUCAGACCAGACACGUCAGGGUGGUCCUCUGCCACUGCUUCUGCUUCUGCGGAGAAUUCUGGGGGUUGUUCAGCCUGGAGCAGAGAAGGCUCCAGGGAGAUCUUAUUGCAGCCUUCCAGUUUUUAAAAGGGGCUUAUAAGUAAGAUGGGCACUAACAUUUCAGCAGGGCCUGUUGUGACAGGACAAGGGGUGAUGGUUUUAAACUAAAGGAGGGGAGAUUUAGACCAUAUUUAAGGAAGAAAUUGUUUACACUGAGGGUGGUGAAACACUGGCCCAGUUGCCCAGCAGGGUGGUCGAUGCCCCAUCCCUGGAAACAUUCAAGGCCAGGUUGGACGAGGCUCUGAGCAACCUGAUCUAGUUGGGGAUGUCCCUGCUCACUGCAGGGGGGUUGGACUGGAUGGCCUCUAACGGUCCCUUCCAACCCAAACUAUUCUGGGGUUCUAUGAAUUUCAUUAAAAACUGUGGAGGGGGGGUGGGAAUGACAGUAAACUCCAUUCUGUAUAUGCAGCUGCUUCCAUUAAGAGCCUGGGGGAAACCUGAAUCAGAAAAGCACUCUUAAGGGACAAAUUAUUUUUAAUUUUAAAUUUGUAACACACACAUUUCCAAGAAGGAAGUACUGUAAAUGUUGUUUAGCCCAUUUAGUGAGUGUGAGGAAGACCAAUUUUAUGCUUAUUUGACCAUAAAAAACAAAGGAGUUUUUGUAAAACUUUCAAACAACAUCCGAACAGCCUGAAGAGCCACAUUUUCAUGUGAGAUUCACCCUUAAGUGUACAGUGAGAUACUGUUAUUCCACAGCAUGUCUGAGGAGUCCAGCCCAUCCGUGGACUGGGAUUUAUAGGGCAAGUUUGCCUGUGUGCUUUCUGCACCAAAUUGUUUUCCUCUUAGUAAGUCUGCCUUAUCUCAACCAGCAGAAUUUUAGUCCAAAAGCACUUCUCCAGACCAGCCUUGCUCUUUGCAAACCCCCAGCUGGAUAUGUGGGCCAAUGGUAUGGGUAUUCCUCACUUGCAACCCUAGAAAGUCUAUUUAUACGCUUUAUACAGAGGUUUGCUGAGAAAAAUGGUCUUAAACCAGCAUAACACUGAUUGAAAUAAGCUGGGUGUCAGGCUACCGGUAUUAAAAAUAUACCAGAAAUGAUUCUGCAAGUUUUUUGUGCAUGGGUGCCCCUUUCUGGCUAAAUAUGUGUUUCAGAUGUGAAGUGUAAACAUUUUGCAGAAUAUGACUCUGGGUAAAUGCAAUCCUUAACAUUGCAUCUAUAGGUUCAUCAGAGAUGGUUCUGAACAGUAUUUCUUUUUGAAUUGGGAGACAUCCUUUUUUCUUUUCAUUUCACAAGAACGUAAGCCUAGAAUAUAGAGCUUAUAUUACAGGUACAGGAGAAAAAACUGGAGGGAGGGAAGGAGGAGGAGGAGGGACAACCACUCCUCUUUGAAAUAGCAGGCAAACACCUGGGCCUCUGUCCCUCUGAUAAGUAAGCGUAAGCUGGUGGCUCUGUUGCUGCAUCAGGUGAUUAUUUCCCAAAGUAAUUCCCAUGGGAGGUUUGCUGUGCAGGGAAGGGAAUAGCCUGAUGUCCACAGAUGAGGCAUAGCUUCGGAACGAUGCCACGCGGGAAGGCUGGGGAAGAGCAAAAGUGGGGGAGGAAAAGGCUGACCUGCUCCUAAGGAGCCUGGUCUUCACGUUUAUAUCCCCUCCGCAUCAAACACAUCUGCCUGAGCAGCUUCAGGGCUGUUACUUUAAAUCAUACGUAUAAAAAUAUUCUCACUGCUCUGUUAAUUACAACCGCAAAUUGAACAAAUGCACUUACAGCGCGGUUGCUGUCGCCAUUUCUAGAUCGGUGUAAUUCAUGCUUGCAAGCCAUGAUAGGAUUUUUUAAUGUCAUUACACAGUAGGGCAAAGUCUUCAUUUUUAAUAAAAAUACAAAUGCUGAAAUGAAA